UGAGUCACUUUACUUCUUUGAGUCUCAAGCUUAUUAGUUUUUUCACUUUUUUUAAUCCUUUCAAACCUCUAUUGGUAAACUAAGACAAAAGCUGGAUAGUACUAAACUACAGCCAAAGACAAGUUGUAACAAACUAAGAGAAUCUUUAUCUGCUUAUAAUGCAUCUCAUUUUCAUUUCUUUUCAAAGGUAAAGCCACAUAAAAAGAGAAAAAGACUAAUAACUCCCACUUGCAAUAAUUUCCACUAACUCUGUUUCUUCUCUGUUUUCACUCUGUUUUUCUCCUUUGUUCACUCUGUUUCUCCCCUGUUUUAACUCUGCAUCAAACUAAACAGAGUGGCAAAAGCUUCUUUUCUAUUCUGUUCCGCUCCGUUCUGUUUCGUUCUAAAAACCACCGAUUCUAAUGGAUCCACCACUUAUCUCCCUAGCUGCAUCUAACGUUCCUCCUCCUAAUGUCGUCCAAACAAAUUAUCCUGACUCGUUAGAUUCUUCAUCACCACGACCACAACCACCACGAUCUCGUGAAACAAUGAAUGAUGAGCCUCUACCUAACAUCCCAAACGCCAAGCUUCGUCUUAUGUGCAGCUACGGAGGCCACAUUAUGCCACGCCCUCACGAUAAAUCUCUUUUUUAUGUUGGUGGCGACACUCGAAUCGUGGUGAUCGACCGUAGUUCUUCCUUGAAAGACCUAUGUUCGCGCCUUUCGCGAACAAUUCUUAAUGGAAGACCUUUUACUCUCAAGUACCAGCUUCCAAAUGAAGACCUUGACAGCCUCAUCACAGUCACAACAGAUGAAGAUCUCGACAACAUGAUCGAAGAGUAUGAUCGAAUAGCAUCUGCAUGUUCGACCAUGAAAUCUUCUUCGAGACUCAGAGUGUUUCUGUUCUUCACAAAACCAGAGUCCACACUCUCAAUGGGAUCACUCCUUGAUGAUGCGAAGUCGGAGACAUGGUUUGUUGAUGCACUCAAUAACUCAGGAAUCCUCUCGCGGGGUGUGUCGGAUUCAGCCGGGGAUUCUUUUGUGAAUCUUGAUAAUGUUCCUGCUAGUGAUUCAAGCAAUAACUUGGAAGCACAAGGUGUAGCAGUAGUAGAGUCAUUGAACCUUCUCGAAAACAACAACAGCAACAGCAACAACGUUAAGAAUGUUUUUGAUGUUGUUAAUGUUGUGAACUCAACACCUGGUUCACCUAUGCUAGAGAAUAGUCCAUCUUCUUCUUCUCUGUCUCCUUCAAUUGCAAAUUUACCUCCGAUUCGUGUCCGUGUUGACGAAACCGGUGGUAGCAGGCUUCAACAAGAGAAUAAAGUUGGAAUGAAGCAAGAUGAUGGAUUUGUUGUUUCUUCUGCUAAUGUGGCUAUGGCUGCAAUUCCUGCAGCAUUGACUAUGGCUUCAACUGGUGUUGUUGCUACUACUGUUACUAGUGAUGUUAAUGUGAAUAGGGUUGUUUCUGAUGAUGAGAGAUCAGAUUAUGGAGGAGUAAUCGGAGCUCGAAAACCACCUUUACCAUUGCAGCUUGUUCAGCCAAGGACUAGUGGCGGUUUGAGUCUUCCUUCACCAGAUUCAGUCACAAGUGAUAGUAGUAGUAUUGCAUCUACAAAUUCUUUCUCCAAAAUCAUUUAUCAUCAAGAACAAGUCCAAGUCCAACCUACAAACAUAGACAACAAACCUCAAGAUUCUAGCUACAUAUUACCUCAACAACUAGAUCAAAACCAACAACAAUUUGUUCAUUCCAACACUCACUAUAUCCACCACCCUACAACAACAAAUCAAGUUCCAAUCUCAUCAUACUACCAAGUUUAUCCCCCACAAUCACAACAACAACAACAACUUCACAAUCCAAUUGGUCAACAACAAUAUCCAAUUUAUGUAAUGCCUAUUGGAGCCACACAACAACCAUACAACAUGACAUUGCAACAUAACAUAAGUGACCCUAAUGUUGUAUCCUCUAUUAGGCCAUUAAUACCUCAAAGUGGAACUCCACCAAUUUACCCGAAUAAAUCACCAAACCCUAAUGUGCCAUCAAAUUCAACAUUUGUUCAAGUACCUUCAAGUCAAUUUCAACAACAAUAUGUUGGUUUGCCUCAAUUCCAUCAUCAACCACAGCAUCCAAUCAAUGUAGCUCCUUCUAGUGGUACUAAUUAUGGUUAUGAAUAUGGUGGUAAUGUGCAAGAACAGGUUUAUUAUGGUCAACCACAAACUAAUGCUACUUUGGUUACUCAGUACCAAUCCAUGACUCCUGCAGCUGCUGCUGCAGCAUUAUCAGAUGCUUCCCAACAGUUCCCUGCAGAUAAUGUUCAGCAAUCAAAUAGAACUUCGCAACCGGUAUAAAUCGGAUCUUGAUUCGCUGCAGUCAAAAUUUGGAGCCUAGUUUUCUACAUGAAAAAUAAGCAUAGUUUAAUUUUUCUUUUUGUCUAUAUGAACUUAUGAAGAUGAAUGACAUGUAAGAUCAUACUUUGAAUAAGACAAGUUAUUGUCAUUAGCCUUA